ACUUCGCGCAGAUCGCUCAGGUGACGCUGGGCUAGCGGCGGGCCCAUCCGCUGCAGCCUGUCACCAUCGGCCCGGAGUGGCCGCGCCGGGACAGAAAUGCCGCCGGCCGGCCAGUGUCUGCUUUGGCUUGGCCUGGUCCUGGCCUCCGUCUGCGCCUCCCUUGAGUCUGCGGCGCCCAGCAACUCGACCACAGGUCCUCUGAAUGUCCUUCUAAUCAUCGUGGAUGACCUGCGCCCCUCCCUGGGCUGUUAUGGGGACAAGGCCAUAAGGUCUCCAAACAUUGACCAACUGGCAUCCCGCAGCCUCCUCUUCCAGAAUGCCUUUGCCCAGCAAGCAGUGUGUGCUCCGAGCCGUGUAUCCUUCCUCACUGGGAGGAGACCAGACACCACCCGCCUGUAUGACUUCAAUUCCUACUGGAGGAUACAUGCUGGAAACUUCUCUACCAUCCCCCAGUACUUCAAGGAGAAUGGCUACGUGACCAUGUCGGUUGGAAAAGUCUUUCACCCUGGAAUAUCUUCCAAUUAUAGUGAUGAUUCUCCAUAUAGCUGGUCAUUUCCACCUUAUCAUCCCUCCUCUGAAAAGUAUGAAAACACCAAGACAUGCAGGGGGCCGGACGGACAGCUCCAUGCCAACCUGCUUUGCCCUGUGGAUGUGGCGGAUGUGCCGGAGGGCACCUUGCCUGACAAACAGAGCACCGAGCAAGCUAUACGGUUGUUGGAAAAGAUGAAAACAUCAGCCAGUCCUUUCUUCCUGGCUGUUGGGUAUCAUAAGCCGCACAUCCCCUUCAGAUACCCCAAGGAAUUUCAGAAGCUGUAUCCCUUGGAGAACAUCACCCUGGCUCCCGAUCCCCAGGUGCCUGCUGGCCUUCCUCCUGUGGCCUACAACCCUUGGAUGGACAUCAGGCAGCGGGAGGACGUCCAAGCCUUGAACCUCAGUGUGCCCUAUGGCCCAAUUCCUGUGGAUUUUCAGCGGAAAAUCCGCCAGAGCUACUUUGCCUCUGUUUCGUAUUUGGAUACACAGGUUGGCCACCUUUUGAGUGCUUUGGAUGAUCUCCAGCUGACCAAUAGCACAAUCAUUGCAUUUGCCUCAGAUCAUGGGUGGGCUCUAGGUGAACAUGGAGAAUGGGCCAAAUACAGCAAUUUUGACGUCGCUACCCGCGUGCCCCUGAUGUUCUAUGUUCCCGGGAGGACGGCUCCGCUUCCAGAGGCAGGAGAGGAGCUUUUCCCUUACAUCGACCCUUUCGAUUCUGUGUUGGAAUUGAUGGAGCCAGGCCGGCGAGUCAUGGACCUGGUGGAACUUCUUUCUCUCUCUCCUACGCUCGCGGGACUUGCUGGCCUGCACGUCCCACCUCGCUGUCCAGUUCCCUCGUUUCAUGUGCAGCUGUGCCGAGAAGGCCAGAACCUUGGGAAGCAUUUUCAACUCCAGGACCUGGGAGAGGACCCGCACCUUUGUGGUAAUCCCCGUGAGUCUAUUGCCUAUAGCCAGUACCCCCGGCCCGCAGACUAUCCUCAGUGGAAUUCUGACAAGCCGAGCUUAAAAGAUAUAAAGGUCAUGGGCUAUUCCAUACGCACGAUAGACUAUAGGUACACUGUGUGGGUUGGCUUUGAUCCCCGUGAAUUUCUGGCUAAUUUUUCUGACGUCCAUGCAGGGGAACUGUAUUUUGUUGAUUCCGACCCUCUGCAGGACCACAACAUGUAUAAUGACUCCCAGGGCAGAGACCUUCUCCAGUCAUUGAUGCCUUGAGUCUUGCCAAGCACUGAGGAGGGCGUCCGUAAUGUGCUCCCUUCCAGCUGGGGAGAGGAGGAGUUAGAGCUGGUUAUUUGGCGAUUACCCACAAUAUUGGAAGCAACCCGGGGGUAGGCAAUCAAAGCGUGCAUCAACAGUUUGGCCUAAGAAUAUGUAAUAGCCCAGCCCUUUGAUUCUUUAUUGAGUCUUCAUUUCUACUUGGUGAUCGGACUGAACCAUUCUUUCCCAUUUUGAACAAUCAUAGCUUAUUUAUCGAAUGGAUAAGUGUAAAGCGAGCAAAUGAAAAUUGUCAUUCUUUUAGCCAUCAAGACCAUAAUAACCUAACGUAACGCUAUAGUCAAGAAAUACUGGAAUUAUUUGCGGAAUUUAGUGCAUUUCAAAAAGUAACCGUGUGUCACAUGCUGUUUAACACUAAGUUUCUGGUUGUUUAUAAUUUAAUAAUUUAUUUAGCCCAAUAUAUUCAAAAUAUUAUGUCAGUAUUUCAGGUUUCUUUUUAAAAUGUUAAAUAAUAAUGCCAGAUGCAUUUAAGUCUUAUCUUCAAUUUUUGUUCUUAAGAUUGCAAAUUUUCCGGGGCGCCUGGGUGGCGCAGUCGGUUAAGUGUCCGACUUCAGCCAGCUCACGAUCUCGCGGUC